UUACUCUCCUCAGUUCUGUUCAGCCCAGUUCUGUUAAUCAUGUUUGCUGCAGCCCUCCUGCUAUGCAUUUGCAUUUGGUUGGUCAUUGUUCUACUCAAAUCUGGGAGGCCGAAGAACUUUCCCCCUGGACCACCUGCUGUGCCAGUACUUGGGAACCUGUUGAACCUGAACCUAGAGAACCCCUUAAAGGACUUUGAGAGGCUGAGGAAGUCUUAUGGAAAUGUUUACAGCCUGUUCCUUGGGCGCAAACCAGUUGUAUUCAUAAAUGGAUUCCACGCCAUUAAAGAGGCUCUAGUGACUAAGGCUGCUGAUUUCUCUGGACGCCCUCGAGACAUAUUUGUCGUUGACGUCACCCAAGGAAAAGGACUAGUUCUAGCAGAUUAUGGCCCUUUUUGGAAGGAACAUCGUCGCUUUGCCCUGAUGACCCUGAGGAACUUUGGUCUGGGCAAGAACACCAUGGAGGACAGGAUUCAUGGAGAGAUACAACACAUCAUCAAAACCCUGGACAACAACAUCGGUAAAUCUAUGAGUCCUCAAGUCAUGUUCCAUAAUGCAGCCUCUAACAUCAUCUGCCAGGUUCUGUUUGGGACACGCUACGAGUACGAUGAUAAGUUCAUCAAAGAGGUUGUUCGUUGCUUCAUGGAGAAUUCAAAGAUAGCUAAUGGACCGUGGAGUGUGGUCUAUGACUCUUAUCCUAUUGUGCGUAAGCUGCCGCUACCUUUUAAAAAGGCUUUCAAGAAUUUUGAGAUUUGUAAAAAUCUUACAAGUAAUUUAGUUAAUGAGCACAAGAAAACCAGAGUCCCGGGAGAUCCAAGAGACUUUCUUGACUGCUACCUGGACGAACUGGAUAAGAGAGGCAGUGAUGCUCCCCCAUUUUCAGAAGAACGACUUAUCUUCAUGACACUCGAUCUUCACUUUGCUGGAACCGACACAACCUCCAACACGCUGCUUACUGGCUUCCUCUACCUCACCACCUACCCAAACAUACAAGAGCGUUGCCAGCAGGAGAUAGACCAGGUGUUACAAGGGAAGGAUCUGGUCAGCUUUGACGACAGACACAACAUGCCCUACAUGCAGGCUGUGGUCCAUGAGGUGCAGAGGGUAGCCAACACUGCUCCACUCAGCGUCUUUCACUGCACAUCCAAAGACACAGAGCUGAUGGGAUAUUCUAUUCCCAAAGGCACAAUGAUUGUUCCUAAUCUCACAUCAGUUCUGAAUGAAGAAGGACAGUGGAAAUUUCCACAUGACUUCAACCCUGAAAACUUCCUUAGCGACCAGGGAGAGUUUGUUAAGCCUGAGGCCUUCAUGCCUUUCUCUACAGGACCACGGAUGUGUCUUGGAGAGGGUCUGGCUCGUAUGGAGCUCUUCCUUAUCAUGGUGACUCUGCUGAAGAAGUUCAAGUUCCUCUGGCCAGAGGAUGCUGGAGAGCCAGACUACACCCCGGAGUUUGGGGUCACCCUGACUCCAAAACCGUACCGCAUGAAGAUCAAACACCGGGAGAUGCAGUAAGACGAACAGCAGGGAUUGAAGAAAGAAGGAGGUGUGCAAAAUGAGAACAUGACCCACUGAUUUCAGUGGAGCCAUUAAUAAUUGACAAGUUGAGAUGGCAGCCAAAACAAAUGCAUAUUUCGAUACUGAAUAUUUUGUGUAGUGGAACCUGCAACAAUUCAGUGUCUUUACAAUAAUCUUGUGUAUAAACUGUCAUUCAUCAUCUGAUUAUGGGGCUGGGAAUUAUGUUACUAAUAGUUUGAAGCUGAACAGUUUAUCUGCUGUACUUUUAAAAGUCAGAACUAUUUGUUUUUUUGUCUUUUUAAAUCAGUUAAACAAAAACAUUGGGUUUUAAAUUUAAUUAAAUGUAAUUAUCAAUCACUACACAAAAACACAGAUGGUCAGGAUUUGUUGUUAUGAAUUUAUGUAAUACCGGUAUAUAUUUGAACCAGUCACAGUCAUUGGACCACUAAUACACUUUGCCCCUGACUCCCUCAUGUGGAUCUUUCUGUUCACUACAAAUUACUGUGAACUAUAUCUAACAUAGCCCUUAGAUACUGUAUAUACUAUAUAGAGUAGCUAUAUUAGUCUUUUUUUUACAAAAAAACAAAAAAUGUUUGAUCAUAAUUUUGGCUAUAAAAACAACCAUUACCUUUUAAGAAAACAACCUACUGUGAAGUAUAUAGUAUCUUCUUUAUAAUUGUUGUAAUCAGUUUUUGUCAGUUAUUUUUAGUAGUUUUACAAUGUAUGUUCCGUCUUCACUCUUGACUUGGUUUUGUGUAUUUUAGAAGCAUUGUUACUUGUUCAACCAGAGAUUACAAAGAAAUCAGCUACUGUAUAAUAAACACUCAUAGUUUUAUCCCUAUAA